AUGGAGAUGACGACGGAGCGAGAGACAAAGCGGCAGAAGCAUGACGAUCAGACCACAGUCGUUUCCAAACCACGGCCCAAUGACAUCUUGUUGCUGGACGUGGGAGGAACCCCCAUUUCUGUCUUCCGCCGAACCUUGACUCAAGUGGAAGGAUCCUUGUUGGCUUCUCAGUUCAGUGGGCGUUGGGACGAGGGUCUAGCAAAAACCAAGGAGGGACGCUUUUUCAUUGACCAACCCCCUCACUUGUUUGAAAAACUCAUAAACUUUCUUCGAAUGAAAGCGAAUGAAACAGAUGAGACUGGACCAAACACGGUUCCUGCGUUCAUGACGCUUGAAGAUUACCGAGGAUUUAGUCGUAUGGUGGAGUACUUUGGCCUCUCAGAAGCAAUUUUUCGUACCGGUGCUUACCUGUUCUAUCCAGACCAUGCCAAGACCAUUGCUGUGGUGCCAAGUGACGACACUAUUGAAUCGCCAUUGUUCUCUCGCAACAAUGACGACGAGGAUAAGUUGGAGACAUUCAUUCUAGGGCCCCUCAAGGACAACGCGGGAUAUGAGACACACAGUCGAGCCAUCACGGGGUUUGAAAUCACUCUUCAGAAGCAUGAACUCUGCCAAGUGGGCUGGCUUGCUAUCAACAGAAUAGUUUAUAGUUCAGGCGCAUUUAACAGUGACAGCGGUGUUGGCGGGGGCGUUGGAUUCCAACCAGACAGCACAGCCCUGGAUGUUGUGACCGGAGACAUUGUGACCACAGUGUUGACACUCGGCGAGAAUGACGAGAACAAAGCCAUUUCACCGGAACAGUUUCGCACCCAGCUACCUCACGUCACGGUGAAAGAAGGCAGCGUAAUCCGAUGCGAAAUGGACCAUGGUUUUUCUUGGUUCGUCGAUGGGAUGUUGGUGGGUUCCUCUAGCCAAGUAUCGGCAUCCAAAGCUGGCAAUGCCAGUACGGUUGAGCUGUGCGAAGAAACCAUCAAAAUCUUGGGACAGCCAGUUCAUCACGUCGUUCCGUGUAUCACGGUGAAUGGGGGCUUCUCAGUGACUGACAUUCGAUACGCAUUCUAG